UUGUUGCCUAGCAACAUGCUCCUUGGCAUUCUGCAGACAACAUUUAGCAAGGCGAUUUGUUUAGAGGGGGAUACAAUUGUGCUACCAGAAUGAGUAGACAAGUGCUUCAAGGUUUGAUUUAUUAGUUAUUACGUGAUGGAUUAAUUAAAAGGUCGUUUGCUUGUUGGGAAUCUUUGAAAUUGGCAAUUUUAAAAAAAAAAUGGCCCUAAGCCCUAAGCCUAACCCUAAUUAAUUUUCUUCAAAACUAAAAAGUAAAAGAACUAAAAUAAAAAAAUCUGUUAAUUUACUCUACUAAAAUCACUAUGUCCUUAGUAUAAAACUAACUAUAAUAUAUAUAUAUAUAUAUAUAUUAUAUAGUAUAUAUAAACUAAAACUCUAAGACAUAAAUAAUAAUUUGCUACUCAUAUCUACACACUGCCAUGGCCCAAUGCACCUUAAUAAAAUUAUAAAUGCUUUUUAAUUUUUGUUUGGAUUACUUAUAAGUUAUAGUUUAUAGCUAUCAUAGGGAUAUGUUACAACAUCUUUUAACUAAAUUUCUUUGAGUUUUUUUAUCAAAGAGACUAGUGAAACCAGUUCAACAAAUUGGUGAUCUAGCUUGGCACCAGGGGAAUUGCAGCAGUUGAAAUAAUAUAAAUUUUAUUAAGUACACCUUAAUACCACCUGGAAAGGUCCUUUAUAAGAUUUUUCUGUUAGCAUUGCCACAAGGCGGCGAAAGGAUACUAUCAAAGUUUUUCUUCCCUCAGAUAAAACUUCAUUUAUUAUUAUUAUUUUUUGUACAAAUGCAAAAUGUUAUUAGAAAACAUAUUUGCACAAUAAAAGCAUUUUUCAUCAUUUAAAAAAAAAGUCAAUGGCAGCGAAGCAAAGUGUAUCAUCAAAUAAUCUACAGGGUGGGCCAAUAAAAGUGAGAACAUCUCGUAAAAUAUUACGCUACGAGAUGUUCUCACUUUUAUUGACCCACCCUGUAUAAACUUCUCUCUUUAGCAAAUAUUAAUCAAACAUUUGAAGAGCAGCUCACACUAAAGAGAUUUAAUUUUAAAGGCAUUUUUUAAUAAUAAGGAAUAGUUUCACUUACAUUAAAAUAUUUUAAAUGGUGAUAAUUAUUAAUUACAAGUUGUGGUUAAAACAAAAUUAUUUUAAACGUUUCUACAGAACAAUAUUGUGCCAACUAUUAAUGCUGUUUUCCUUUCAUUUUUAAAAGAAAUUAAUGAAAUAGAAAAUAGUUUAGUUGAAAUUAAAGCUUUUACUAAUACAAAAUGUUUUCUUUUCAGCAUUUACACAAUUAUCUUAAUUAAGAAUUACAAUUUUAAACAAAACAUCAUAAACUUCAUUCUUAUUAAACUAUAUUGCAAAAUGGCUCACCUCAUCUUUUUUUUCAAAAUGCAAAACAUUUAAAGCUUUACUCAGUUAGACUACAUGGGUCUAUUUCCUGUAGCUUCAUUUUGGGGUUUCAGAUAAAUUCUGCUGAGCCUGAACAAGCCGAUGUUUUGUGGUACUGGGAUGGUCAUCCUUGUGACAGGUUUGAUAGGUGGUAUCUUUAAGCUGAUCCAGUAAACAUUGAUGAAUUGCUUCUCUUUCUCUAGAAUUAUCAGAAAGACUGAGGUAACAACACGCAACCUACUUUUAGUAAGUAGGCAGAGGCUCUUUUAAAAGUUAAAGCACCAGUUGACCCAAAAUCUUGCCACAUGUGACAAAUAAAUAUAUCGGUAUUACAAUCCAGUCUUAUCUAAAGAACUUUCUGUAAGAUGAAAGUUGCAACAAUCUUAGAUACUUCACGGCCACUUUAAACAAAGUGGUAUAAUCUCUGUGUUCAGAAGAAAGUUAAUAAGUUAAUCACUUCUUGUUUAUCUUGUAUGGCACCAAUUACACUAAGACUUGUAAGUCGUAAGUACUCAAAUGGACAAGUUUUCCUGACUAAAUGUAGGAAGGGAUACGGGAACAAAGGAAUAUAAGCUGAAAGUUGGAUGGGAUCCUACACUUACUAAGGCAUUGCAGACAUGAAUUGACUGUGAUGCCAUUAGCACUUGAGGGAGAAGACGGGUACAUUUUUAUAAUUUCUUGCAAAAGUGCCGUUAUGGUUUAAAAAGACACAAAAGUGAAUCGAAAUCCAGAACACUUAGCUCUAAUAGUGCAUUUGUAUAAUUCUCUAGAGAAUAAAGAUAAUUAAACCAUUGAUGAAUUCAUUCCCUGUCUACCUGCACUGGAGGUUGUGGCAUCAGGGCUCUAACUUGUUGGUGUACCAGUGGGUUCAUAACGUUUAUUUGUUUCAUUUCUUUAGUUGAAGAUGUCUUGAAAUGGAACAUUAAUUGGCAUUGGAUGUAAAUUAAAAAUACUGUCGUUUAACAAAUGCAGUAGGCAUAUUGGAUUAUAGUAGAUGAUCCACCAUAAUAUGCUGAAAAUUCAGAGUUACUAAGUUGGUGAAAUGUUUUUUCUUGUUAGUGCUUGGGUUUGUUUGUUGUAUUCUAGUGCCAACACAUUUAACCAAACAGUCAUCUAUUAGAACUUCAUCAUCAUGUCCCUUAGUCCUUGGACCGUUGGGGCACCAAAGAUGAAAUGUAAACUAUCCUCCAUUCGUCUGUUUUCUGCACUUUACACAGCAUCACCUAGUUUUAGUCCCGUUCACUCUUUAAUGUUAUCUUCCCAUCUUUUUCUCUGUCUUCCUCUUCUUCUCCCUUCUCUCAUUGUGCCUUGCAUGAUUUCUUUGGCGAGCCCUUGUUUCCUUGUCACAUGGCCAUACCAUUCAAGUUUGUGCUUUUUUUACAGUCACCAGGGGGUCAUCGUACUGCCCAAUUGCCUGAUGAAUUCUUUCUUUCACUUGAUCAUUGGAGAUAUGGUCUCUAUUAGAACUUACUGGUCCUAAUAAUGAAAUGAUUUAUUUUCCUCAAACAGUUUUUGAACAGUACCAGAAGUCACGGACACAAUUUGUCCAGACAGUGGCAGAGUUGGCAUCAAGACCACAAAAUAUUGAAACUCUUCAAAAUGCAGGCGUCAUGUCCCUUUUGCGUCCUCUACUUUUGGAUAUUGUGCCAACAAUUCAACAAACUGCAGCCCUUGCACUGGGCAGACUUGCAAACUAUAAUGAUGAUUUAGCUGAAGCAGUAGUUAGAGGAGAUAUAUUACCACAAUUGGUUUAUUCUCUUGCUGAGCAAAAUGUAAGUGAGAAUUAAUAUGUCAUAUGUUAAAUAAUAAUUACAAUUUAUUAUUUUCAAUGCUUGUAGUCAAAUGUUAUUCACAUAAUAUUGGAAAUAUGUUCUUCCCAUCCUCACCAAUCACCAAUGCUUCUGAGUAACAUAAAGUUGUAAAAUAAUUUGUAUGGUAAUUAGUCAUUUUAAUUUAAAACCAUUUAAAUACUGAAAAGAAUAAAUUGAGAAUAACGCUUCCAAAAAAACAAGAGAAAUUUGAAAAAAGCCAAACAGAAAAUAUAAUUCUUAAAGAUAAGGUUAUGUUUGAUAUUAUACAAAUUAUUUGCAUGACUCGAUAAGAGAAUCAUAAAAUUAUAUUUCCUUAUAACAAGCUCUUAUCAAAGUUUUCAUCAGGCAUUGAUCGGUCAUCUUAUUAUUUAAUUAGCGCUUCUACAAAAAGGCAGCUGCAUUUGUACUUCGAGCUGUAGCUAAACACUCUCCUGGGCUUGCUCAGUCAGUUGUUGAUUGUGGUGCAUUGGAUGCUCUUGUAAUCUGUUUAGAGGAGUUUGACCCAGGAGUAAAAGAAUCUGCUGCCUGGGCUCUGGGUUACAUUGCAAGACACAAUGCAGGUUUGUAACUGUAAUCUAAAAUUUAAGUUCCACCUUUCUUCUAAAUCUUAUGUCUAAUUUACCUCUUCAAUUAGCACACAGAUAACUCUUUAGCAUGGGUUACUUUUGUUUAAAGUUAAAGUCUUAAUACUUAAAUUUUAUUCAGAACUAUUAUUCCUCUUCCUGAACCCCCCACAUUUCCAUCCCUUUUUUUUUUCUUUCCUCUCUUUUCAACCCACGAAUAUACAAAUAAAUUGCAUAUGAAAUUGAAAUAUUGCAUACAUAGUCCAAGGACAAUAAAUUACAACAAUAAUGUUUUAAAAAUUCAUAAUUAUUUAAAUUUACAGAAUUAGCCCAAGCUGUAGUAGAUGCUGGUGCAGUGCCACUCUUGGUUUUGUGCAUUCAAGAACCUGAGAUAUCUUUGAAAAGAAUAGCUGCUUCUGCACUCAGUGACAUUAGCAAGCAUUCCCCAGAACUGGCACAAACAGUUGUUGAUGCUGGGGCUAUAGCUCAUUUAGCCCAAAUGAUUCUUAACCCAGAUGCUAAACUUAAGGUGAUAAAUAUAAACAUAUAUUUACACCAAAAGAGUAUUAACUAUUUUACGUUGUGCAGUUUAGAAUUAGAAAUGUUAUAAUAAAAAUAAUGUUACAAUAUUAAGUAUUUAGUUACAUUAUUAAGUUAGUAAAAAAAUAAAAUUAUGAAUUUUGUACAACAGCGUCAAGUUUUCUCAGCUUUAAGUCAGAUUGCCAAACACUCUGUGGACCUUGCUGAGAUGGUUGUAGAAGCCGAGAUUUUCCCAGCUGUUCUCACUUGUUUGAAGGACCAAGAUGAGUAUGUAAAGAAAAAUGUUGCUACACUGAUAAGAGAGAUAGCCAAACACACUCCAGAGGUAAAUAGAUAGCAUGGAUUUUAAAAAAACCUCUGACAUUCUUUUUUAAAGAUCUUAAGAUGUAUUACAUCUUAACAGCUACAUGCACUAAUCAUGAUAAAAUGAUUUAUGUUUCUGCAUUUUUUGCAGUUGUGUAAUUAUCUUAUUAAUAUACUUCUUUAUAUGCUCUGGUAAGUUUUUAUUACAAACAAUUUCUUGUGUAUAUUUAGCUUUCUCAGUUGAUUGUAAAUGCUGGUGGCGUAGCUGCUGUUGUAGAUUACAUUGGAGAUUCCAAGAGUAAUGUCAGACUACCAGGUAUCAUGAUGCUUGGCUAUGUUGCUGCACACUCUGAAAAUUUGGCUAUGGCUGUCAUUGUUUCAAAGGUGUGUAUUUCAAACAAUACCUUUAGAACUGAAAUAAUUUUCAUACAAAUUAUUUUAUUUUGUUGAGACAUAGACACAUCAAUUUAAGAAUUUUGGCUAACUGGCCUUGUUUGAGCAGAUAAUAUCUGUAAAAAUAUGACAACAUGCCUAAUUUAAUGGCUUUGAGUCAAGGAACAAAAAUGGAUCAAUUUGUAAAAGUUAGCACUUAUCCAUCAAUUAUAUUUCAACAAAUUUUUUUAUUAAAUUGCUUGUCUUACCACAAUUAAAUUCACAACAGGGAGUUGUUCAGCUUGCAAUUGCAUUAUCAGAAGAACAAGAGGACCAUAUACAAGCAGCAGCUGCAUGGGCUCUAGGUCAGAUAGGACGUCACACACCAGAACAUGCUAAGGCAGUUGCAGUGGCCAAUGUUCUUCCUAAACUUCUCCAGUGUUUCUUAAGAACAGAUGUUUCAGAAGAUUUACAGACAAAGGUAAUUCAGCUCUACACUAUCAGUUUGUUGAAGAGCUUAAAAAAUGUAUCUCUUUUCACCAGCUUUAAAAAUGUCACACAAUAGUUAUUAAAUUUUAAUGGCAUUUACAUAACUUUAAAGCAUGUUAUUUUCAUAUAACUGUAGCAAUAGAUUGUAAAAAUGAUUACUGAGCUAUUAUAUAACUAUACAUGCAGUUUAUCUGAAGAAAAUAUCAUCAUUUGUUAUUUUAAUGUUAUCUAACAGAGCAAGAAGGCACUUAAGAAUAUCCUUCAGAAAUGUGUGCACCUACCAGCUCUAGAACCUCUUUUGCAUGAUGCUCCACCAAAUAUUCUCAAGCAUGUUGUUGGACAGUUCAGCAAAGUUCUUCCUCAUGAUUCAAAAGCUAGAAGACUCUUUGUCACAAGUGGAGGACUCAAAAAGAUUCAAGAAAUUAAAGCAGAACCUGGAUCAGCUUUGGCAGAAUACAUCAACACUAUCAACAACUGUUAUCCAGAAGAAAUUGUCAAGUGAGUCUUAAAUAUUUUUUACAUUCUUAAGUCUAAGAAUAAAGUAUAACUUACUGCCUUAACAAAAUUGUUUUUGACAACUUGACAUUUACCUGCAUCUUAGAAUUAGAAAUCUUCUUUUAGAAGAAUGCCCACCUGUAAUUGUCAGCAUGCAUCUAUAAAGAUCUCACGACUUGCAGACUGAUUUAACAUAAUUUAUAUCAUGGAUACAGAAGUUAUUUUUUGGGUUUAAUUUAAAGAAUAACUGACUUUUAUAUGAGAGUCACCAGGUUGUAAUAAUGUAUGAAAGGAUGAAACAAAUUAGUAUUUACGAAAUUGCAAACAAUUUUCUUUUAAUGUUAAAAAAAAUAAUUUUUUUACAAAUUAUUGCAGGUACUACUCUCCUGGCUACUCUGAUGCUUUGCUUGAAAGAGUGGAACAAUAUGCACCCAAUAAAUCUUAAAACUCAUCAUCUAUUAUUAGCUACAAUUUUAGAAACUUAAUUUGUAAGCAAAACUGUGAUUCUCUGCUUAGUCCUCUCUGUUAUGCCAAGAUUGCUUCCUUUAACAUAAAAGAUAAAUUAUAAUGAAGUUAGGUUAUGAAUUAUUCAGUCAUUAAGCAAAAACUAAUGUUUGAUAAUCACAGCAUUUUAAAUUACUUCUAUAAGCUAAAUUGUUAUUCAUACAACAUUUUAUAUUAUUAUUUGAGAUUAUAAUAUUUUAAAUUAUUAUUCUCAUAUAAGAUCAGAUUACUUUGUUUAAUGAAAUAAAAACACUUAAGGUCCAUUUAAAGUUCUAUGAUAAUAAAAAGUACUCAAAUUAAAUUCCAUUGACAUACAAGGAAUCUGGAAUGACUUUUCUUUAAUAUGUUAAAUAAAUUUAUCAAUUUUUUAAAGCUAUUUUUUAUAACUUUUUUUCUUUUUCAAAUUCCUUUAUAAUUAAUGAUGUGCACUAAUUUUCAAUAAUUUUUUUAACUAAGAAUUUUUGUAAAUUUUGAAGAAAAUAUGAAUUGGCUUUAUUAUUUUAUUGCCAUUCACAGUUUCUAUGAUGCCAGAUUAUUUUAAAAGCUACAGUUUAGUCUACACUUAUUUAUUUAAAAAAUGAUGGUUCCAAAUGAACUUGCUUUGUUUUAACAUUUUAGGAUUUUUAUUUAAAUGUUUGUUCAUUAUAUUUUAAUGCCGAAAUAUCAUUUCAAGGACUUAGAGAACUAAUGGAUAUACUAUAAUGAUUUCAAAACUCAUAAAAUGGUGUUUUUUUUUUAAAGAAUGUUUACAAUUUUUAUACAAGCAUAUGCUUUAUACAGUGGUUAUUUUAUCAAUAAUAAAUGUAGGCCUACCAGUUUAAUUAAUACCUAUUUGUUGGAACAAAUGUGUGCAAAUGAUUUGCCUACUCCAAAUUACAUUUGUACCUAAAAUUGAUUGAAAUAAACAUUGUAUAGCAUUUUUUUUAAACUUAUUUUUUUCUUCAUUUUUAAUGGUGAAACAUCACUUAUCAGUAACUGAAAUAAAAUAAAAUCUAAUAAGCCAAGAAAUGAGAU